AUGGCAACUCAUCAGCAGACGCAACCUCCUUCCGAUUUUCCCCCUCCGGCCGACGAAAAACCCCAGAUUCCAGAGGUUACAAAGCCUGCAAAUGAGUCUCAGCAAUCUCAGGAAACUGCUGCUAAGCAGGACUCUCUGCCGUCUGUCUUUGUGAAUUCAGAACCAAUACGAGAGGAUCAAAUCCAGAACGCCAUCAAAUUCCUAUCGCACCCGAGAGUCAGGGGAUCGCCUGUUAUACAUAGAAGAUCGUUUCUUGAGAGGAAAGGCCUCACUAAGGAAGAGAUUGACGAAGCUUUCCGCCGUGUCCCUGACCCGCCACCGAGUUCGCAGACAACCGUUAACAGUCAAGAUGUACAGCAAGCAGUGUCGAAUGUUCAGCCACAAGGGCAGAUACAAGCCAUGCAGACUGCUCCUGCUCCUGUUGUUAUGAUUCCACCUCCAAGUUUGCUCUCCCGGUUUCGCUGGUACCAUGCUCUGCUUGCUGUAGGAGUUUUAGCUGCUUCUGGUGCCGGAACAGCUGUUUUUGUUAAGAAAUCGCUCAUCCCCAAAUUAAGGUCGUGGGUCCGCAGCAUUAUGGUGGAAGAAGAAACUGAUCCUCUGAAGAAAGCUGAUGGACAACCUAGCUUAGCUGAAGAAGCAGUAGCUGCAGCCAAAGCUGCUUCUGCGGCUGCGUCUGAUGUAGCCAGGGUUAGUCAGGAAAUGAUGAAAACCAAGAGUGAAGAGAUGAAAUAUUUUGAGGACUUAACGCAACUGUUAGCUGUCCAAGUACGGGAAAUGAAGUCCUUGAGCACUAAUAUCCGUAAUCUCGAAGGGCAAUCCAGCUACAUCCCAAAGGUUUACUCAGCUGACCAAGAGGCUUAUGGUGGUUCAGUCAGAACUGCAGCAGAAAGGAAACACUACGCAAAUGGCAGCAACGUUGUUGAUUAUGAUACACGUUCAGCACGAUCUGCAUCUCCUCCUGCGCCAUCAGCUGACUCGUCUGUGCCCCCUCAUCCUAAGUCAUACAUGGAUAUAAUGUCUAUGAUCCAGAGAGGAGAGAAGCCUUCCAACAUUCGGGAGAUUAACGACAUGCCACCCAAUCCAAACCAACAACUAUCAAAUCCUCGCAUCGCUCCUAAAUCUAAGCCAUGGGACUAUGGUCAAGCUCCGCAAGACGAGAGUUCCAACGGCUCAUGGUGGCAGCAGAAAAACCCUAGAUCCACGGAUUUUGGCUACGAGACAACAGCGUCCCGUGUCGUUGGUAACCAAAACGAAACAAACACAAUGGAACCAGCAGCUAUCCAGAGACAGAGAUCAUGGGUUCCUCCACAGCCACCUCCAGUUGUUAUGCCAGAAGCAGCCGAGGCCAUUCGCCGUCCAAAGCCACUAGCUAAGAUAGACCAAGAAGCUGCCGCUAGCGAUGACCAGUCAGGUGUGAGCGACGAGUUACAAAAGAUCACCAAGUUCUCCGAAUCCGGUGGUGAUGGUUCAGAGAAUGUGAAGAUCACAGAGAUACAUGAAGAAACAGAACAGCAACACUAA